AUGUGCUUGUGUCUUUCAGAUUUGUUUUUGAUUGUUCUUUCUGUUCUUUUUCCACCUUUACCUGUUUGGAUUAGACGAGGCUGUUGUUCCUGUGAUUCCUUGAUUAAUAUUGCGUUAUGCAUGCUUGGAUACUUUCCUGGGUUGAUACAUUCAUGGUAUAUCAUAGCAAGAUACCCUCCAUAUUGGCAAGAACGUAAAGAGAGAGUGUACUAUGUAUACAGAAGUGAUUUAGAAAAUCAAACACCAAGAAGAUCGGCUAACGAAAGAGAAAUUAGCAUUCAUAUCCAUGAUGAACGUUCGCCACAACCAAGUUCAAGUUUAGUAAACCAAUCUCACGAUAACAAUAGUGCUAGUUAUGGUGCUGUUAAUGAAGGUUCGUCUUCCUCCAACUUGACAAGUGUUCCGCCAGUUCCACUUGAAGGCGCUCCACCGGCUUAUUCCGAGUUGGACAAUAAAGUGCAGCGUCCAUAA